AUGCGAAAAUCAUUCCCAGUGGCAAUACCCCAAAUCUAUCAGACAUCCUUGCGCUGGAGGGGGCCACCUCCCUCACUGUUUGUCGCAAAGCCCUCGCUCGCUCGCCUCAGUAGCGCAUCGCAUGCUUCGUAUCUCGAGACGGGACAUAUUGAUGUGAAGGAAAAUGAGGGGUUACUGUUUGUCAAUAACAUUUUCCCCCCGAAACUGCAAUGGGUCUUGGAAGGGCCUCUCCGCGCAAGUCGAUCACCGCACCUCGCAGCGUCUGAGCCCCUACGCAUAAUACGUCGUGUCUUUCCCCAUGAGCUACAAGUUGAGAUCAAAGAGGUCGUUCCGCGCUACAGAGAAGGCGGUGCACUUGUGAAAUACACUCAGAACGACGGGGUUAAAGACACUGAUAUCGAGGCGGCUGUAAAGGAUCAUCUUGAGAAACACCCUAUUCGACCUUGGUUCAAUCCUUUCCAGCAGGUCAAGGUUUCCCGCGUCCUUGGAAGACCAUGGGUAGAGGAUUUAUAUCGCAUACCGAGCCCUCGGCUGAGAGUUGAGUUCCUGCCGGGGAGCGCUAAUGAUUUAGCAAAUGAUCCUACUACGGAAUCUUUGUACUCGCUGUUCCGCAGCUAUGGGAAGCUGAGAGAUAUUGAAAGGCAACCGUCCGAUUCCAAAAUCCUACCACGGUACGCCUACGUAGAAUUUGCUCGUCCCAAGUUCGCGGUUACGGCCAAAAACUGUAUGCACGGAUUCACAAUCCCAGAGCAAGAAGGUGGCGGGAAGUCUGGCACAAGGUUAAAGAUUAACUAUGAGCGGAAGAUCAAAAUGUCAAUGAUUAAGGACUGGAUCUUGAGCCAUCCAAGGAUAGUAAUCCCUGCCGUCGCUGCCCUCAUCGCGGCUAUCACUGUGACUGUUUUCGACCCCAUCCGUACCUUCUUUAUAAAGAUGAAGAUAAAGGCAACGCUCCAGGCCGAAGAGAAUGGUGUUCUGGGGUGGAUUCGCAAGGAGGUUAGUAAGGCCAACAUCAUUGGCUUGGGUGGUGUGGCGUCUGAUCCUCGUGGGCUCACCGCGAUUUGGGAGGAUCGUCAAGGGGAUAUUUCUCAACUGCAAUCUUGGCUUACGGAGAAUAUGGAGACCUUCAUCAUCAUACACGGUCCUCGGGGUUCUGGGAAACGGGAACUUGUUUUGGACCAAGCUCUUGAGAACUACAAAUACAAGGUAGUCAUUGAUUGCAAGCAGAUACAGGACGCCAGGGGUGACACUGCAAAAAUUGCACGGGCAGCUGGGCAAGUAGGCUACUGGCCAGUGUUCUCCUGGAUGAACAGCAUUAGUAGCUUCAUCGAUCUAGCUGCACAGGGCAUGAUUGGUACCAAAGCGGGAUUCUCCGAAACAUUGGAUGCGCAACUCAGCAAUAUCUGGCAGAGCACUGCCACUGCUCUGAAGGGAGUCACCUUAGAUAGCAGGAAAAAGAACGAUAAGGAUGCACAUCUCACAGACGAGGAGUAUCUGGAAGCUCAUCCCGAGCUCCGGCCAGUGGUGGUUAUUGAUAAUUUCCUGCACAAUGCUUCCGAUGACGAUGUCGUCUAUGACAAGAUCACCGAAUGGGCCGCUGGAUUAACAAACACCAAUAUUGCACACGUUAUCUUCCUAACUACCGAUGUUUCCUUUGCUAAACCUCUGAGCAAGGCUCUACCGAGCUCGGUCUUUCGAACAAUUUCCUUGGGCGAUUGCUCCCUUGAAGUCGGCAGGAGGUUUGUACUCAACCAUUUGGCCGAUGAAGCAGGGAUGGGAGACAAGCCAUCUAGAAGCAAGGAAUGUUUAGAAGACCUAGACAGUUGUAUUGAGAUAUUGGGAGGCCGGGUGACUGAUCUCGAAUUCAUGGCACAUCGUAUAGAAGCGGGAGAAACUCCCAGUGGCGCGGUCAACCGCAUCGUAGAGCAGUCAACAUCUGAAAUACUCAAGAUGUUUAUCUUGAAUACGAAUACUGAGGCCCUAUGGAGCCACGAGCAGGUCUGGCAUUUGAUCAAGAUGCUGGCGAAUAGCAAGGAAGGUAGCCUGCCAUACAACCAAGUCCUUCUCUCAGACCUUUUCAAGGAAAACGGCGAGGCUGCGCUUCAAGCUCUUGAGCAGGCAGAACUUAUCUCUGUCGGCUCUAUCAACGGCUGCCCUGAGACGGUCAAGCCUGGCAAACCGGUUUAUCGAGCCGUUUUCAAAAAGUUAACUGAGAAUAAGACUCUCAGUAGUCGACUGGACCUCGAGGUUUUGUCACAGUUGAUUAAUAAGGAGAAUAAAAGCAUUGGGAAAUAUGAAGAAGAGCUACGUUUGCUUGGAUCGCUGCCAAAACAGCCUCGAGAGCUAACCUCAAGAAUCCAGUGGCUCUUACAAAAAGUAUAUAAUUCGCAAAACAAGAUUAGCAGGUACGAGACUGAGAGUGCGUUCCUCCAGAUGAUCCUCCCCGUCCUGGUCUUUUGCUGUAUUGCAACACGUAUCAUCAGUGGAUUCCAGAGUCGUGUCGACAGUAAGACUGAACAACCGCAAUCAGUGAAGACGCUGCCGUAUUGGUUUCCUUGGCUAGGUCAUAGUCUUUCUUUUAUAUGGGACCACGUAAACUUCACGGAAAAAACCAGAGAUUAUAUGAAUGCACCAGUGUUUGGAAUCUACAUGGGUGGCACAAAGCACAAUACUAUUGUGUCGCCAUCCAUGAUGAAAUCUAUCGUGCAAUCCAAAGCCACAUCAUCAGCUCCUCUAGUCAACCGUGCGCUGAAGGCAUUUGGUGAUGAUCUGGGUUCACUGCGAGACCUGAAUACUACUGACUACCAAUCAUUUCAUCACAAGCUUCCCAAUCUGCUCAUGCGAGAACCAUUUAUAACGGAAGCUUCCGAAACUACUAUUCAGCUUUUGAAACGCGAGAUUCCAAAUUUCGUCACCUUCUGCCGGAGCGUAGUUGAUCAAACGCUGUGGGAGCGUGGGAGCGAUGUCGAAGUUAUCGAUAACAACCGUGACAAGCCCGCUUGCGAGGCAAACCUGUUUGACCUUGUCAGGGGCUUCAUCGGGAACAUUACAACCACUACCCUCAUGGGUCAAGCAAUUCUAGAAGUCUUUCCCAAUUUGCUUGAUGAUGUUUGGGUGCUGGACAAUCGCUUCCCCCUUCUGGCAAUUGGUGUACCUCGUUGGGCACCAAUUCCUGGUGUGCCUGCAGCGUAUGCUGCUCGUGAUCGGAUACUGAACUCUCUUGCCGCCUACCAUCAAGCAUUUCUCCAGUGGGAUGAUGGGGUAGACCCUGGCGUGAAAUUCCGUGACCUCGAAGAUGUUUCAGAGCCUCUGAAACAACGCAUCCGGAUGUCCAAGAACUUGGGGCUCUCACCAAGGUCCAGCGCACCCGGGCAUUUGUCUUUGAUCUGGGCGAUGAAUGUUAACUCUUCAAACAUCGCCUUUUGGUACCUUGUCCGUCUUUACAAUGAUCCCAUCCUCCUAGAAGAGAUUCGAAAGGAAAUCUUUCCUUACGUGAAGGCUCACAGGCCAAGUAGGGAGGAAACUGGCUUCCCUUUCGAAGAACCACCUAGAAUCUCUUUUAAUCUCGAAGGCUUGUUGAACUCUUGCCCCCUAUUGAAGGCCAGUUUCUACGAAACACUUCGUUUGGAUUCAGCAGACAUGUCAUUCCGAGAACUCACAUCCGACUUGACCAUCACAGAAUCCAACGAAGACGUUGCAAACAGUGAUGGGGCAAACCCCCAUAUAUACAAAAUCUAUAAAGGCGAGAGUCUUAUACUCCAUCAUGGAGUGCUCCAGAACGACUCUCGGUAUUUCUCUAACCCCAGCCAGUUUGAUCCACUGAGGUUUAUCAUAACUGACCCGGAAACCGGGGAAAAGAAGGCAGACAUGCACACAAUUCAACCAUUUGGCGGAGGUGUGUCUGGAUGUAAGGGGCGAACUUUUGCGGAGAGGCAGCUUUUGGCUUUCACUGCCGCAAUGAUCGCCAUGUGGGACAUUGAACCGAUCGAUGGCAGUCGGUUUACAGUCCCAAGGCAUAGGCACUCUAGUGGCGCUUAUUUGCCCGAAAAUGACAUUAGAGUACGUAUAAUAGCGCGUGUGUGA